AUGACCACGGAUCGCGUUGACCGCUCGAGUUUCUCUAGUGUUAAGGAGAGUCACGGUGGUAUCGCGCAGUCAUUCACGGAUUCGAAAACGAGCUCGUAUCUUAGAAACGAGGUUUCUAAUACCGACAACGAGGACGCUAUUCUUGACGAUUUCGUUUCUACUACUGGAUCUAGAACCCCCGAAUUGGAAUUCGAGAGACAGCCAGAGCUGGGGAGCGGGAUGUUGACGAAUCCUCAGAGUAAUCUCUUUGCAUUCACGCCUUGUGAUGGGUUCAGGGGAUGGAAGGAUAUCCCGUUGAUGGCGCAGACGAUUAAGAAUGUUAAGAGCAAGAGCUAUUCGGACUUGGCGAGAUUGCAUCGGGGCUUUCAGUGGGAGAUUAGUGAUAGGGAUAGGAUGGAUUUGGAUGUGGUGACGGAGGAGAAGGGUGCUUUGCAGACGGGGAAGAGUAGGUUGGAGAGUCUUCCUACGGAGCUGCUUGGUGCAAUCAUUGACCAACUAGCAACUGACAUACCUCCCAAUGGCUUCUCAGCCCGAAAUAUCGACCUAAUGUCCCUACUUCUCACUUCACACACCAUGCACUCGGUCACUUUAGCAACGCUGUACAACCAAGUGACCAUCCCUCAUUCUCGAAUCUUCGCCAAAUUCCUGUCUCAUGUCUCUUCUCACCCAGCUCUCGGAACGAUCGUCCGGCGGCUUGACUUUUCGCACUUCAACCCUACUUGUGCGGGAAUGACAGCUAGAGAGAGGUCUGAGACGAUGAAUUUGAUCCCAGAAACCCUUCUUCGAUGCUUGUCUUUGACACCUAACCUCCGAGAGUUUCUAGCUCAAGAACAUAUCGACAAUGAUCUCAGCUCCGAAGUUCUGAAGACCUUGCUUUGCGACCUACCCCGUUUAAAGGCCUUGGAUCUCUGUGCUUGCUCUUCAGCCAACUUCCGAGAUGCAUUCACCAACGUCCUCUCAACCCCGGACUUGCUGCCAGCAGCAUUACCAAUAACCCGCCUCUCCCUCCACGAAUGCACCAUCCUCCCCUCCUCAACAUUCGACAUCCUCCUCCCUCGACUCCCACACCUAACACACCUCGACGUCGCACACACACGCAUCACAUCCACCGCCCUUCAAUCAAUCCCCCCCACCGCCCGCCUCACCCACCUCAACCUCUCAAAAUGCUCCUUCCUCAACGGCGCCGCCGUCGUAGACUUCCUCUCCACCCACCCCGCCGCCCAACACCUCGUUUACCUAAACCUAGCCAUGGACCCCAAAUCCCACGAAAUGCUCCCCGCAACCCUCCUCACCGCUCUCCUCCCUCGUCUCCCCUCCACUCUACGCUCCCUGAACCUUAAUGGCAGCAAGAUGGACAGCACACACAUCCCGCUCCUCCUCCCGCUCUCCAAACACAUCGAAGAGCUCGGUCUCGGCCGCCACCUCAGCCUGCCCGAUAUCCAAGCGCUCUUCGUCCCCGACGAAAGACUACCUUUACCGCAACAAUUAUCCUGGACGCCGCAUUCCCUGCGCUAUAUCGACGUCUCGGACCUGUCGUCCGCGGAACUCGAUCUAGGCUCCCUAUUCGGGCCGCGCUGUCCGGUGUUGAAGUCCGUUGCGGAGCCGUUGGAGGUUAUCGAGGUCGGAGCAGAUGUCUUGAAGCGGCUGGAGCGCUCGAAGCCCGUGCUGGAUCGCGUGGGGUGGUGUGUGAAGGAGGCGGGGAGGAGGGCGUGGUUGGUGAGGAAGAGGGACAGGGUCACGGAUGAUGGCGGGAGGGGCUGGAAGUGGGGGGCUUGUUAUUGGGGGAUGCGGAAGGUUCCUGUUGCGCGGGCGGAGGUGGGGGGGAUGUAUGGGCAUUAUAUGUUUAAGCGGUGAUUGGCUCUUUUUUUUAUGAUUGUUGUUGUUUGAUUUUUUGGGGCAUUUAGGUUAAGUUUUGGGGUUGCAUAGCGGGAGAAAAGUCCAUGGUUUUGGAUUUAGCGAUGAGUGCUUUCUUUCUUGGAUAUCGACAGGUAGAGGAUCUCUCGUAGCAUAACGUACUUCAAGCUUUGCAUAGCGAUGAUUAUAUUUCUGUCAUUCAUCUUUUGCUUUCAUCUCGGCGUUAAACAGAGCGAAAAGUCGGGAAUAAUACUACAAAUCAAACAAAUCUUCUCCUC